AUGGAGCGUUGGCGGGGCAGAGUGGCUCUGGUCACCGGAGCCUCGGCUGGUAUCGGUGCGGCUAUUGCCAAAGACUUGGUCCGCUUCGGAAUGACAGUUGUGGGCUGCGGCAGGGACGUGGACAAAAUAAAGUCCAUCGCAGCCGAAUGUCAGCGUGAAGGCCUCGGGGGCCUACUGGUGCCGAUGAAGUGCGACCUGGCCCGCGAGGAAGACAUCAUGUCCAUGUUCAGCGCUAUCAAAAUGCAGCACAAGGGCGUAGACGUGUGUAUCAACAACGCAGGCUUGGCCCACCCGGAGCCCCUGCUGAGCGGCAAGAGCUCAGGCUGGAGGAACAUGCUGGAUGUCAAUGUACUUGCCUUGUCUAUAUGCUCACGAGAGGCUUAUCAGUCCAUGAAAGAAAGAAAUGUGGACGAUGGGCACAUUAUCAACAUCAACAGCAUGGCCGGUCAUCGCGUGGUUCCAAGCAGCGACGUGCAUUUCUACUCCGCCACCAAGUUUGCAGUGACAGCGCUGACGGAGGCCUUGAGGCAGGAACUGCUCGCGGCCAACACCCAUAUAAGAGCCUCGUGUAUAUCUCCCGGUCUCGUGGAGACAGAAUUCUUUCAUCGGCUCAACGACGGUGAUGCUGAAAAAGCAGCUGCCGUGUACUCCACUUAUAAGGCACUGAAAGCCAAAGAUGUUGCUGAUGCAGUCACUUAUGUCCUCAGCGCCCCUCCACACGUGCAGAUUGGAGAUGUUCAGAUCAGACACCAGGAACAGUGGUUUUAG